AUGUUCAAGUUUAUCGUUAUGUUACUACUGUCUCUUAGUUUAAUUAGAGCCUCAAGAAUCGACGGAAAGCAGGAAGAGGGCAGUCGCCAGCAUUCGCAAUCAUGCCAAAGCAAGGACAAUGACCAUGGUGAUGACGACAAGAACUGCCUACUAUCCGACGACCACCAGCCACAAAAGGAUGAUAAAGCAUCUUUGCUGCCUCGGUGGAAUCCUAGAGCGUUGCAUCCUUGUAACAUUCGACAAAUAACCUGGCAACAAUUUCUGGAAGAAUUUGGACCAUCGGGACUCCCUCCCAUGUAUCCAGAUCCUCUAGUGAUUAUUCUUCCUGAUGAAAAGAAGACGAAACGGAACCAAAAGUUCCAAGAUUUGUCACAAAAAGACCGAAUACUGGAUUCGUUUCCACUGAACUUUACAGUGACCUUAUCAUCCUCCAACUCCUUUUCGGAACAUCGACGGAAGAUUCCUUUUUCUCAAUACUUGGACGAAUUGGUAGUAUUGAAAGAGGACGAUGGGUCAGCUGGCGAUUUGCAAUACUAUGAUCCAUCAUUUGAACCAGAACUAGAACACCAACAGCAGCAUGGGCAAUCAGCAGCCCAAAGUGCUACCAUUACUUCAACUCAUCGACAAGCCUCAUCUACACCACUUUCCAAUGAAACUUGGUACCUCUUUGGAGAAACGUACUCGCCCGAAUGGAAGCUGUUCCUUAGUCAUUACGAGCUUCCAUUAUGCGAAGCAUGUUUGCCCGACAGUGUGGCCUUGUCGUUUGGGAUUGGUGAUUGUGGAUCUGGAGUUCAAUGGCAUGUGCAUGGACCGGGAUUUUCCGAAGCAGUGAUUGGAAGGAAACAUUGGAUCUUGUAUCAAGACAAACCAGACUUUCACAAGGAUCAAACUUCAUUGAAUUGGAUGGAAGAAAACUACAUGAACAUUAUGAAUCCAAAUGAUCGACCACUUGAAUGCACCUUGAAUCCUGGUGACAUUAUCUACUUUCCCAAUAUGUGGUGGCAUGCGACGAUCAACUUGGACGACUACACUGCCUUUGUUUCAACAUUUACACAAGAACAUUUGUUUGUAUGA